AUGACCCAGCCCAGCCCUGCCACUACGAUAGCGACAGCGACAGUGUAUCAAGAUGAGAAGGAGAAACCUCCUGUCAUUCCCCAACCUGUACCUUUACCUCACUCGAUAUCAUCCGGAGCUGUCGAAGAUUUGCCAGGCUCAAUGAUUCGCUAUACCCCUUUGGCAGAUAUCAGUGAUUUACCUACCCUCUUUCCUGCACCUAUAGCAUCUUUAAUUACCACCAUAGCUACAUCGACACGUAUGACUCUUAGAAUCACAGCCUUUCUGAUAGAAGCUAUCUUGGAGACUUCUCAAUAUUCUACCCGAAUGUCAUUAGGUUAUCUUCGAAGAUGGUUGAUCACUAUGAUCUCUUCCGCUAGAAGGGUAUACUUGAUGUCAAAUGCAGCUAUAGAAGGUGAUCUAUUGGCAUUGUUAUCGGGAGGUCCAACUCAUCUAUUAGAAGAGAUGCAUAAUAAAUCAUCACUCAACAACCAAAGUUCAACUUCACCUUCGACAUCAUCAACAGAUAAUUUUUUGGGUAUUUUGGAUAGAUAUACAAACCUCGGUAUAUACUUUAUACAUCAUACAUUCACGAUGGUCGAGCUAUUCACCAUGUCAGGUUUCUUCUUUACUUCAAACUUGGUCAAUUCGGCCCAUACAGCUGCAAUAGAAAGUGUAGCGCUGUUUGAUAGUCUUUUCGGAUCAAACGAAUCUUCAAGAUCUUUAUCAGCAAUUAUUACAAUGGUGAAGAAAGAGAUUAUCCAAGAUGAAAGAUCAAAGAAUAAAUCUACCAUUGCAACUUUAUCUGGCUUGACUAAAGCUUUAACGGCUUUCGCGUGCUUGCAGGUGGCUACUUGGAAGAGAACAUCUCAGAGGAUGAAAAUGAAAGUACUUUAUGAUUGUACGAUCCAAGCUGAACAGGAAGAUUCAUUCACUACCAACACUUCCAAUCCCACUAUUGAAGAUCCCAUACAACUUUCUCUAGCAGCUCUGGAAGAUACCCCUGCUUCCUUGCCUGUCGCUGGACCUGGACCUUCUACGAUGGAAUCAAGAAUGCGUUCAUCGGCAUUACUCACCCGUGAUCCAUCGUUGGAAGAAGCCAACAAGAAAUUAUGGCAACAUAUGGAGACGAUCGAUUCUGAUCCUGCUGGUGUUAGUAAUAUGAGACCAGGCCUAAGUAGGACACAGAGUAUUCAGACGGUCAAUAAUUGGUCGAUGGAGGAAUUAGAUGAUCUCGUUGGUGAAUCAGGUGAUGAGAUGUAUGAUGGACCACCUGAUGGAAAUUCAAGAAAGAAGAAAAGGAGAGAAUCAACUUUUGAGAUCACAGAUGAAUUGACUGAACGCACAGUCGUUACUCAUCUAUUCGAAAAGAUCCAACAUGAUGAUGAGACGAGACGGAAUUUAGGACUACGGAAACCAGUACCUUUCAAACAUCGAAGACAACUUAGUAUGCCGGAAAUUGCCAUUAAGUCGAUGGACACGGAAGAUGAAGAUGCUUAUGAUCACUUUAUAAGAUCUGCUGCUACUAGCGUAGUGACCUCACCAGGAGCUGACUCGAGACUGUCGUUACUCUCGAGUACAGAUAUGGAGAACGAAGGUGAUGGUGAAGAAGAAUGGGUAGAAGUGGAAGGUCAAAGUAAUGAUAGGUCAAACAUUCCUUCUUUACCUAACGGACCGAGAGUAGAAUCAGUUGGAACAGCCAGUUACCUCGAUGCGCUCGAACACCCUCAUCAUAAUUCGGAGAGAAUUCAAUUGGUUUUGAAGACUAUGACCGACAAAUUAUUACAGAGGAAACGGACUGUUCGACAUUUCACGAGGGUCAAUCUGGAGAGUGGGUCAAGUGAGAAUAGUCGUAGACCCUCUAUUGAAAGGUUUAGAAGGGGUCAUUUGAAAGAUAUCGAUUGGGAUAGAACACCUCAACCCAGCAUGACUCGUUCGCCUGAAAGCUCACUGUCCACACCUUCCAUGCCAUCUACUCCGUCACGACGUAGACAUGCGAGGCAUGUUUCGGCUGACAAGGCGCUGGCUAAAGCACGAGGGAUAUUAUCAUUCACCAAGAGACCUUCGAGGCCCAUCACUCCUUCCUCGACUGAAGUCAGUACACCCACUCUCAGUUCGACCCCUUCCAGAUCACCCUCGACGCCUCGGACGAGAGCCACAGCGCCAUCGCUCUCUAUCGACACAUCCCUACCACCUCAUGAAGGUGUAAGAGCACCUCCACCUUCACCACAUCAAUCAAUGAUACUCCGUAGACCAUCCCAAACUUCCUCCCCUGAGUCUCUGAAGAUGACCUCCACCCGUCAAGCUGAAACUGAAAGGCAAUCCAACCCGACUAGACCUUCAAUGUCCGUGCGAGAGGCUGUACACACUUCAUCCAGUCGGAUCCAAGCUGCUUCUUCCCAUGCGAUGCCCGAUAAAGGUGAUGCCAACUCGGAUAACCUCUUCCCUCACGAAGGGUUGAUCAGGAAUAUUCAUAGGUUUAUGAGAUACUCUAGUGCUGCUUAUGGGCAAAACUUCCUGCGAAUCCUCGGUCUAGGUUCAAGCGACUUCAUGUUUCCGAGUACAGGUAAACACCAUGCAAACAGUUGGGCAUUUGCUCAACAUACCAAUAUACCCAUUGACUGCUUAUUGCUUUCGUCAUUCACCGAAUCAUCAGCUGCUCUCAUACAACAAGAGGCACCUCCUCUGAUACAUUACGUAGCGGUUGAGCAUUCCCUCAAGGCUAUUGUGCUCACUUGUCGAGGUACACUUGGUCUAUCAGAUGUCCUCGUGGACCUUACAUGCGAAUAUCAAUCCAUCGACGUCGAGCAAGGUGAUCCCGAUGCGAGUUACUACGUCCACUCAGGGAUGUGGCAAUCUGCCCGUAAACUCACCGUGAAACAAUCGACAGUACACGAGACUUUGGUCGAAGCGUUGACUAAAUACCCCACUUACGGUUUGGUCUUAGCUGGACAUUCAUUGGGUGGAGGAGUUGCAUCACUGUUGGCAAUACUAUGUUCGAUGCCAUCUAAAUCAUUUUUGGAACAAAAUAUCAUUUUGGCUAAACCGAUCGAUCAUCCCAGGAUAUCUACACCUUUUGUUACCAAUUUCAAAAGUGGUUUACCUCCCGGAAGACCCAUACAUUGUUAUGCCUAUGGACCACCUGCUGUAACUUCCAUCGAUCUUUCGAUCUACUCCAAAGGGCUGAUCACGAGCGUAGUGCAAGAUUCGGAUAUUGUACCUACCCUUUCGUUAGGUGGAGUAAAAGAUUUCAAGAAUAUUGCACUGACGUUGAGUGAAGAAGGGAAUAUUGCUGAGGAGAUUGUAGGGAGAGUUAUUGGAUUGAACAAGAGGAAAUUUGAUUGGCAGAAAUCACAACAAGAGCAAAAGCAAAAGCAAAAUCAGACUAAUUCGAGUUCAGAUCCGGAGAAAAGUGGUCAGACGACUCGAAUUCAGAAUCAGAGUUCCGGAGGCGAGACGAUACCUGAUGACGAAGAAGUUCUGAGCGAUUGGAUGGUCAGUUUGAUUAAGACGAUGAGAGCAGAUAUGGAUAAUGAAAAGUUGUAUCCACCUGGAAUGGUAUAUAUCAUGGAACAUUUCGAUGUGUACGUUACGGAUAAUCAACCGAAAGUCCACAGUGAUAAGAAGAUAGUGCAUAAACAAGCUCAUAGAGUUAUAUUGAGACAAUGCGAUUCAGUAGAAGAGCGGUUCAGAGAACCGAUCUUCGCUAAAUCAAUGUUACAGAAUCAUCUACCAUCGCAAUAUGAGAGAUCGACUCAUUUGUUAUAUGAGGGACUGGGUCAGGGGAAGUUGUAA